AACGACCAACAUCAAUUAGUUUACGUUCCGUGCUAGUGAAAGGAACACAUUAUUGGCAGCUCUUGUUUUGCUACAGCAUACCGGUACGGACUGAAUAUAGUGCAACACAAAACCUUUUUCCGGUCUCUAUCGUGCGAACUUCGGCAAGAAGAUGACGAAGGGAACGUCGUCAUUUGGUAAACGUCGCAACAAGACGCACGCCCUGUGUCGUCGGUGCGGCUCCAAGGCAUACCACCUCCAGAAGUCCUCCUGCGGAAAGUGUGGCUACCCCGAAAAGCGCAAGAGAAAGUAUAACUGGAGUGCCAAGGCCAAGCGACGCAGCACUACCGGAACUGGCCGUAUCAGACACCUGAGGGUCGUCUACCGCAGAUUCAGGAAUGGAUUCCGUGAGGGAACUGUCCCUAAGCCUAAGAGGGCAGCAGUGGCUGCCUCUAGCUCUUCCUAGGCUGAGUUUGAAAUAAAUAAAUCAUAAAACAACUUGA